AUGUCGGGUAGCAGCAAUGCCGUCGUUGGGCUUGAGGGUCGUAUUGACCGGCUGGAGAAGAGCAUGUCUGAUAUACAAGCUACCUUAGCAAGACUGGACUCCAGGACUGGGGAAGCUCUGUUAUAUACACCAGCUUCCCGGGAUUUGCAAGACCCCGUAUCCCUGGAUUUCUUAACGCAUGCCUAUGGCUCUACCUCGUCGACGCCAAACUCAUCGCAACCUCGAGGUACUACUCUGCAGCCAGGACACUUUCGCCUUCUUCACCGGGCAGACGGGACUCAUCAAUAUGUUGGAUCUACUUCCCUAGAUUCGUUAAUCAAUAACUUGACUCACGCUAUUCUGGUUCCAUCAUGUCAAACUCCCAGUCAACAAAUCACCACUAGGAACGAACUUAUAGUAGCCAAGGAAAGGCUAUUCCAAAUUGUGAGUGAAGCCGAGCUUCUUCCUUCACUAAAAAAUUCGUCACCACCUACAACGCCUCCCCUAGGCAUUCUCCAGCCAAUGAUUGAUCCAUACUUCGACAACAUCAACCGCCACAUGCCAAUAUGGUCACGAGAUCGCUUCCAGGACUUUAUCGCCGACAUGCAACUAACAUCGCCCGAAGAUCAACCGCAUGCAGUUCAUGUAAUUUUCUGUAACAGUCUAGCCAUUCUUAUACUCACUGCAAAGCUGGCAUCAUCGUCGAGAAGUUCUGGAUCAGACUGGAGCUCUAUUGACCUGGAUCUUGUCAAAUACUUUCUCUCAAACGCAACAUGGGCUGUUCACAAUCUCCAGGAGCUCAUGACCCAGCGUCUAAGUAACAUACAAGCGCUUCUAUCUUUGCAUUUGGUUGCACAAAUCCACUGGGGCUCAGAACGUGCUAGCCUGUUUCUCACCUUGGCUGCUGCAGGCGCUAAGCCACUUGGACUGUAUCAGUCGGAGUCAUUCCAGGGUUACACACACGACGAGAUGCAAGAAAGAAAAACCCUAUUUCUCUGCUUGUAUAUACUUGAUAAAACGAGAUGUUGGACCGACGGUCAGCCUCCACAAGUACCUUUGUGGCAUCCUGAAGUCCUGCUAUCUCGUUCAGGUAUUGAUCUAGGCUUACUUGCUCGUGCCAGGCUCAGUCACAUAGAGGAAACAAUGUUCCUACAGCUUUACUCUGAUGUUUCUGGAGAUCAGCCAAGCAGCCAGGUCGAUCAGAUAGUUUCUAAUCUGACACAAAGGCUCCAGCGAUUCUCAGAAGAGUGCAGACUUGGUGAUCGUGAGGAUUACCAAGACAUGAGCUUCGCCAAAGCCGAACUAAGACUUGUUGUGUGUGCACUGCAAGUUCUUUUGUAUUGGAGAAUUGAUAAAGAAGACGCAAUGGUGGCUAGUUCAUCAAAAUGCUUGUCUCUGUUCAUAGAUCUCUGGAGGCAAAACACAGAGCCUGGCAAUCACUUGACAGUUAUCCGAAUUCUUAUCGGGUAUGCCUCUGUGAGCUUUAUUAAACUAUGCUCUUUCAUCAUACUGAAGCGGACGGGAAAAGCAAUUGACUCUGUCAUUGAGCUCAUGACAUCGUUUAUUGAUGUACUACGAUCUAUUUCUAGGGUCACAGAAACCAAUAUCGCCAUAAAGAAACUUAUGGAGGUUGGAGAAAUUGUCUUGACCCUUUGUUCCAACCGACCCAGUCCUGGAGCGUGGACCGAAACCUUUCAGUCAGAUUCCUUCAUUCCGCCUCAAGGUUCACAACUUCACAUGAGCCCACCAUGUACUAAUGUAAAUCCUGUCUCUCAAACCUUUGCAUCAGUAUCAGCGGGAAGUACAAUUUCCAGCUCAUCCGGUACACAAUACACUUAUGCUUUCGAGAGCUCUCCAACAACUCUUGCCUUGCUGGGUUCGGAGAUGAGUGGGCGCACAACUACCAAUUUGAACUUCGAUUUUGCAGAUUUGGACUUCCAGCAAUGGGCUUUGGGGUUACUGGACGAUGGAAGCCACAGUUAA